AUGCUACGAAGGUUGAUCACAGCUACAGCAUUUGAUGUCGAGAAAACAAACGAAGAUAUGAGCGACAUUGAGUUUUUUUUGCGGGAGAACAAAAAAGUGAAAAAAUACUCAGACUUUCCUACGUCCUCCUGGUCACCCGGGUAUGUGUAUCUGUCUGAACACGCCCUAGUUGACAUCCUCUGGGCGAACGAAGAUACCAAGCAGCUACUGGAGCGUAUUCUGCCUCUCGACAAUCCUUCCAAGACUGCAAUGUUUGAGUGUGUACAGGGAACAAAAGGGGUUUUGAUUCAGGCUCUCUUUUGUGACAUUGGAGGCGAUCGCAUGGUUCUUGGAUAUCGAGACAAAGUAUCCCUGCAGUCACAGGACAAAGAGCUAACUCGGUUCAAACUCAAAGGGACGAUUUCUACCAACGGUCUAGUUCUGAAUCUACUUGCCUAUGACACAACCCAGACGAAGAGACAGCAGCAGUCUGACGUAGAUGAAGAAGACCCCAGCCAAGAACUGGAGCUUUCUCAGGGAUUUCUCAACACGACGUGUUCAAAGGCAGCCGGUGAAGACCUGACAGAUGAAGACUAUGCAAACAUAAACUGGAAGAGCUCACAUUCAACAAACCAGGGCGGUACCAUCCGCAAACAGCACAACUAUCGUCGGAUGCGAUCCUGGUAUUGUUAACGCCCUUACGUUUUCCUCCCUGGAUCCUCACAACUCUAACUUGCGGCAAACAGUAAAGGUGAGAAGCAGGUUCUUGUACCUCACCGUCCUCCGCUUCCAUCACCUGUUGAACAAAAGGAAGCGUGAAAAAGGAAUGAUUGAGGUUGAGAGCGCCAUCC